AUGUCCAGCUGGGUCGCAUUGAACAUCGAGCCAGAUGAGGCCAUCGAGGAGGAGGUCGACGAUACAAAGGAGAUCCAAAUUGAAGAAGCGCUAAAGCUAUAUCAGAAUGCUCUUAAGCUACACUCACAGGGCCCUCAGUUCUACCCCGAAGCCGCCGAGGCUUACGAUGCGCUUCUGAAGUCAGAGAUAUUCAAAUACCCGGAGUCCAUCUCCGACUACAAGAGAAAUGUGCUGCACGGUUCUGAUCUGCAGGUCGGAGCCGAUGAAGUAGUAGGUGGAAGUGCUGCAGAGCCAUUAGUGGGCUUUGACACCAGCGACUCUACGUCCAGUAUUUUGCUGCAGACUAUAUACCUGUCGUAUAAGAAUCACGGGCAGUACAUUUUGGAUUCUCUGCGGGCUUUUAUCCAGAGUGCUCCGCCUGCCACGGAUGCAGCACACGAAACUUCUACCAGGAUUGCUAAUCGUGCGAGCGAAGCUUUGGGGUCUUUCGCCGAAGCCCUGGAACGUGACGACACCGACCUCAACCUCUGGCGACAGAGUGCCAGGCUCUGCAGUGUUCUGCAAAGCUAUCGCUUAGCUCGGUAUUGUUUGGAAAGUGUGUUGGCAGACGAUGAGAAUCGCUUAGAGGUUCGAGCCGAACAGCUCGGUUUGGAGGAGACCUUUGCAGAGGAGCGCCUCCGGGAAACGUUACUGUCGCUAGACGAUGCAAUUUCUGUUACUCAGGUCCCACUGAGGAAACCGAAGAAAGCUCUACUCAAGUUCCUGAAGACCCAAAGUGACCCUUAUCCUUUUCUUCCCGCCUUGCCGAAUAAAGUGCAGGAUGUCAGCCCGGCAAAGAGUCCUCUCGCUUUACAUACUUCCCGCCACGAAAUCACGGUGCCUGUCGUGACAUGGGCUGCUGUUGGGAAGAGUAUCCUCCAGGCGCUUCUUGAUGAAGACGAGCAUAACAGUGAUAUUUCUUCCGGUACUCAAAUCAGCUUCUCUUUACCCGCCCUCAACCCCCAGACAAAGACCACGACAACCCGAGAACCGUCAUUAUACGGUCAGUCAUCGAAAUCACCAGAUGAGGAGAUUAUUCCCGUGAAGAAGCAAGAUAAUCAUAGGCCAGAAGGUGACAGCCAAACCUCGGCACAAGCCAAUCCUCCGGUAAAAUUGGAAGCACCUGAGGAGCAGACAGAUGAUCACUCGUCCAUCGAUCAACGGGCAGAAAAGCAACUGAUCGAGUCACUGGAGGUUCAGUCGUCACAUACUGCGGAAGCUGCCAAUCGUCAAGAUCCCGCGAAUGCCGACGAGGACGCUAGGCCGUCCAAUCCGCCCAGGAAACGCUCUUCUGCAUCUGCCAUAAACGAGGAUCAAGCAGAAGGCAUCAGAGCCAAAAGCAGAAGAACACGGCUCAGGGAGUCAAAUGCGGAUGCUUCAUUGCCAGCCGAAGAUGUUGCUUUCGACCAAACCAAGUACUACGAGGACCAGCUAGAGGUUUAUAUCCAAGCUGAUGAUUGGAUGUUUGAGACCGUGAACUCGUUGCUACUUAGAGUUGGGAUUGGAGAACUCGUGGGCCUCGAGGAACUAAGGAAACUUAACUAUUCUCCCAGUGAUGGAAAGGACUCAGCCCAAUCCAGCAAUCAUAUUGAAUGCUUGCUGCAUUCUGAUCUAAAAAACAUCCUAAAAAACUGGGACGAAGCAAAGUCUCAAGCGAUUCUCCAAGGCGAUAACUUUUCCGCUCUGCAAGAUAUUCAAAGCAUGGGCAAAUCGGGACUGGCAAUCUUCCUCGAACACUCAAGAAAGUCAGGUCGGAAAUUAGGUAUGCGAAAUGUCCUAUCAGGGGCCGAAGAGCUGCUUGACCUGCUGAAUACUGUCAACGAAGGGGGGUUCCACAUCCGCAGUGUGUCUUUUGAGUGGCUCAAGGGCCUUCUCAUGCCAGAAUAUGGGAUCAAUUCGACAGCGGAGGAUGUACUCAAUUCGUCGAGUUUCCCUGCUAUGAAGUCAACCUAUACACUAUUUCAGUGGCCAUCUGAUCUAAAGGAGGCUGUUGUCCAAAUCAUUCUAAGAGAAGACGAGUACACCUACAAAAGAUUAUGUGAUCAUGUCGAAGAGCUUGAGCGUCAGAUCCUGUGCAAUGCUCCUGGAACCCCCUUCAGCUACACACUGAGUCACUUCGCACAUUUGGAGAUGAUCGAGACAAUAUAUGAGCUACACUUUGAUGUGUAUUCAUCCAUCAACAAUCCAAACAGUGAGGUGAAUUCAGGUACGAGAACGCUGCAACGUGAGCGCUUAAACAGGUGGUGCAGUUUAGCACGGACUGCCUUGACGCAUUUUAUCGAUCACAGCCAUCCAGAUAUCAGUCAAGAUUCAAUAGUUCUGCGCCAUGUCUGGACGUCAACAUGUCACUCAAACAUGACGAGUGAUGCUCACAGGGAGCAUGUAUUGCUUUGCCUUCAAGAACUCAAGUGCUUGCUUAACUGCCUCGAUAAUCCUAUGAUCAGCUUGAUAAACAAUGCGGCGAUGCCUGAGAUGUCUAUUGAGGCCGUUGAUCAAGAAAUUUCAAAAUUGAAGUCCAUGGAUUUCUUCAUGAAAAUCUUCAGUCCUGAGUCUGAAGAACCCGUAAGUCUUAUUGAAACAAUCGAACCACUUUUGGAGCCAUCUUCUGUUCGUUUCUUGGAAGAAAGCACUUCGGGCGAACAGGAGGUAGUCGGGCCAACUGCACAGCUUCGCGAAAUGGGCUCCUUCUUAGACCGAGGCGAUGCCACCUUAAGACUAUUUCUAUGGCGGCGACUCCAGGAGGCUUAUAGGAAAAUCGAUUAUUCUCCCAAGGUCGUAUCCUGCUACUUGAGGAGUAUUGAAGUUAUAAUUAUAGAGCUCUGGGGCGCUGCACACCUUCAAGAGCCCAGCGAGCACCGUCAGGUAACGAUGCUUCGAUGGCUUAAAUUGCUCGACGGCAUUCUGAGCAAGACAGUCUCGGCUGUUUUGCAAGAACAAUGCAAAGCGUAUGAUUGUUUUGACAUGGAUCAUCUACAAGCUUCGAUGUCUGCCGUGGCUCGCCUGUCAAAACUGCUACACGGCUUCGUUCUCUAUGAGGAUUCCGUUCGUGUCGGUCAAACCCCUCGCUCGGAGCUGCGAGGCUCCUUGGCAAAGUCAUUGGAAAAUUUCAAGGAUAAAUUGCGGGAGAUGUAUGUCCGUUGCUGGAUACUGCAAUACACGCUUCUCAAAGAAACCAUGGCCCAAAAUAAAGAUGCCUCCGACGCACCCACUUACGACUGCAUUCAUUACCUACGUGGCGUGCAUAACGCCCUCGGUAUCCGCAAAAUGUGCAAGCGCUCUCAUAAGCAAUUCCUCAAGCUGAUGAAGGCUGAAUUGCUCGCUCUGGAUGAGAAGGAAGGCUAUGAACUCGACAUAUGCCAGAUCCUUUAUGAUAUUCAUAACAUCAAACUAUCACUAGUUGAUAGUCAUCUGGUAGACCACGGAUGUCCACCCGAGAAGCUGGAUCGAUCGACAGCAAUCAUGAUGGUUGAUUUUGUCAUGAGACAGGCUAAGAAGAUGAACAUCAAAGAUUUAUCCAAAUCCGAGUUAAAGUACACCAUAGACAAGAUGCAACAAGCUAUCGGGACUACGAAAUCGUCUCCACCAUUAUCAUAUAAUAAGCGCGUUCUAACCGCUUACUUAAAGUCCCCAUUAAACCCAUCAGAGGUCUUCCGUGCCGUUCGCGGAGUAGGGGAUCUUCCUUUGAUUCCUGUGUCCACCGAGAGUGCAACCAUCGCACGCAAUGGAUGGUACUUUUUAUUGGGGUAUGCUGCUUUAACAAAGUUUCGCUCCCAGAAGCGUUUGAAUCCAGUGCCAACUACAGACCUCGACGAAGCUGUUGCUUGGUUCCGCCAAGAUCUGGAGCAUGGGACGUCAAGAUGGGAAUCAUGGUAUCGACUGGCUCAAACUUAUGACUCGAAGCUAGAGGAGGACAUCACCUGGUCCGCAGAAAAGAUCAACAAUAAUCGAAUGGAGCUAGUAACUUGGCAGCGCUAUUCGAUCCAUUGCUAUGCUAUGGCUGUUUCAACGGCAAUCAGAUACGAAGAUCCAACGCCAGAGAUCCGAGCACUCCUGUCUGAACUCUACACGGAUUUUGGAAUCCGGCUGUACUCGUCGUCUCGAGCGCCCUUAUCUAUGGGCGCGUUCAGUCUCACCGAUUACACCCGGCAUUUUAGCAACGAAGAAAGCCAGCAGAUGUAUGAAGCACAGCCCUUCAAGGAAAUGAAACUGUAUUCUGUCUGGAACCUGGCAAGUUAUCUUCUUAGGCGUGCAAUUAUUAACAAGCCUAAGAGUUGGGUGACACAUUAUAUGUUUGCCAAAUGUCUCUGGAAAAUGUUCAGCUGCGAUGACUCUGUGCGGGGAGGAUCGAAGCGCAUUAGCCUCGAUGAUCUAUUAGAUUCUCUGCUUGAUACGAUUGACGCGCUUCCCCAAAGAAAAGACUCACGUACGGAUCCAAUCUUUGAGCCUCACUUCAAAAUUGUGUCUAUUGUCCAUAAAUUGGUUAAUAGAGGGAUCAUAACAGCGGCUGAGGGAAGUAAAACUCUCCUUGCCACUCCAUGGGCUCGAAAAGUCCAAGCACCAGAAGACAAUGCAUCAUGGAAGCCUUACAUUCUUGCGGUGAUUCGGAAUCUAAAGCAUGCGGACAAGUCGAACUGGCACCAUCGCAUGGCUGUCAGAGCGGCACAUAUUAUAUACGAUGAUACCAACGAUGCUGAAUCCGCUGCCGCGGCUAAGAAUGAGCUUACGCAACAGAUAUUCACGAAGACAAUGACGAUACAAGUCUGGCGGCCUGAGUAUGAACGCCCUGGAAGACACUUUGUUUACACGACAAGAUAUGUGUACUUCUUUGUUGCUCUGCUCGACCAGCUCAAUGAUCGUGCGAAUCUCGAUCAACUAUUGCGUCGAGUGCGGAAGAAACAAGGCGAUUUUAUCAACCACACCAAACUGUGGGAGGACGUCUACCUUACCUAUGCAAGAGUCAUCAGAAGGGCAGGGAACAUCUCAGAGGGUCAUGAAGAAGGUGUCUUCAAGCCCAUUGGAUGGGAGGAAUUCGUCAUCAACACAGCUCGACUGGAAAGUCUCCCCCAACUGGCUCCAGAGAGUUCCACACUCCUAGAAUUACUACGUGACGCAGUCGAGCUUAAAAAGCUGAAUAACAACCUCAUGAAAGUGUCCUUACUUGAAGACCUCAUUGCCGACCUUUAUUCUCGCCUUUACGAGGUCAACAUGCCCCACGUCAUCGAGCAGGCCAAUGAAGAAAGCAAAGAGAAAAUGAAAGUAGACCAUCUACUCAUGGGCAGCGACGGAGCUGCCGAUACCCCUACGCCACCGGCCUCCGCUCCCACGUCAGAGGCCCCCGCUCCCCGGGGUCGAACCAAGGGCAUCGCAAGGAGAGACAUCCAAAAGCGUGCUGAAACCAUUGUCAACCGCAAACUUGCACCGCGUGCCCCAGCCACUAAAGUGCCUGCCCCCGUGGAAACAGAGCCAUCUCACAGGGCCGAGGUGUCAGUUACGUCGGCUCCCCAACAAGUCAAAGAAGUUGCCCGAGCCGCUACUACCGACGACCCCGGCUCAGGCCAACAGAGCGACAUCCCCCACAGCUUGCAUGAAAGCGCCGACGAUGAAAGUGAGCUGAGUGAGAUGGAUGACGAGAAAUUGUCCAAACUCGCUGGUGACCGCAAGAUGAUGUUCCCUAAUCUCCAAGAAAUGAGAAGGUCUCUAGACCCCGAAUCAGAAAUAUCAGCUCAGGCCAGCGCAGAUGGAGACGGCGCAAAUGAACCAGUAGGGGAGACGGAAGAUGAUGGCGACAGGGAAGGAGACGUUGACAUUGGUGAAGGUGAAGGUGAGGGCGAGACCAUCGGGGAAGACGGGGAAGAAGGCGAAGAAGGCAUUGACGGAACCGGGGACGGAGAGGGCGAAGGAGAAGGAGAAGGAGAAGGAGAAGGAGAAGGAGACGGAGAAGACGAGGAGGAAGACAACGAAGCCGGCGCCGAUGAAGAAGGAACAGGAGAUAUCGAAGGCGAAGGAGAUGGCAAUGACGCUGAUGAAAUGGAAGGCGUUGAGCCUGGAAAUAUACAACCCAAUGCCACCGUUGGUGCCGGACACGAAAGUGAAAAUGCCUCAGAGGCAGAACCAAUGGACAUCUGA